AUGUCCGCCGAUCUAGCCACUGAAUUAGGAUUUGAUCCAACCUUAAAGAAGAAGAAGAAGACCAAGAAGGUCGCACCAGAAAGUUUUGAUGCUAUCAGUACGGAAGAAUCCACUCCAGGUGCCGCCACUACUGACGAUGACCUAUUCGCCGGUUUAAAGAAGAAAAAGAAGAAGUCUAAGAGCUCUACUACAGCCAGCGUGGAUACCCCUGCCACUGAAGCUAGCACAAAUAACUCUGUCGAUGAACUUUCAGACGUUCUAGGUGAUUUGACUAUAAAAAAGAAGAAGAAGAAGGCAGCUCAUGUAGAUGUUGAUGCCUUCGAAAAGGAACUAGCAAAGGCAGGUGUCUCUACCGAAAGUAAAGAAGCCACUCCAUCUGGCGAUAAUGAGUCCUCAAUCCAAAAUUCCAUUGGUUUACCAUACCCCGAACUAUUAUCUAGAUUUUUCACCAUUCUAAGAACUAAUAAUCCAGAGUUAGCUGGUGACAGAAGUGGGCCUAAAUUCAGAAUUCCACCACCCAUUUGUUUGCGUGAUGGUAAAAAGACUAUUUUUGCCAACAUUCAAGAUAUUUCCGAAAAGUUGCAAAGAUCUCCAGAACAUUUAAUUCAAUAUCUAUUUGCUGAAUUAGGUACUUCCGGUUCCGUUGAUGGUCAAAAGAGAUUAGUUAUCAAGGGUAAGUUCCAAUCUAAGCAAAUGGAAAAUGUUUUAAGAAGAUAUAUUUUAGAGUACGUCACUUGUAAGACUUGUAAGAGUAUUAACACAGAUUUGAAGAAGGAACAAUCCAAUAGAUUAUUCUUCAUGGUUUGUAAGAGUUGUGGUUCCACAAGAUCAGUUUCUUCCAUUAAGACCGGUUUCCAAGCUACUGUGGGUAAGAGAAGAAAGAUGUAA